GAGCUGCAAUUGGAUGGAUGAGAGGAGAUUCGAUUGAAUUUAUUUAUUACUUUGUUUAUGAAGCGGUGCGAGUUUUGUUCCUCUGCUUCUCUAUAUAUUAGAGGUUGAUGUGUUGAUUUUCGGGUCAAGCUUGUGCGGAGAUGUUGGAGUUCAUGGAUUAUGUGCAGUUUGCAUUCUACAAUGCGACAAAAUGGAAUUAUGAGAAUUCAUAUUCGCAGUUGACUGCUUCUGCUAAAGCACUUCUUGACUUCGAAACCCCAGGCGGUCUGCGAUUCAAUCUCUCGUCACUCAGCUCCCCCAACUUCGCAACUUCGUAUGCACUGGGUAGUGUCGGGCUUGUGGAUGGAUCUCUCUCCUACCUUUAUUCCUCGUUGCCUCUCCGUACCACUUCGCAGAGCGCGAAGAUUGAUUUAUAUAAGAUAAUACGAGGAUAUCGACAAAUCCAGGAGCUUAGAAAGGUUGAUGAAUCAUGGAUGUGGGAGCAAUGGCACGGGGGUCGACGAGUUGAUCAACGGGAUACAUUACUUUAUGGACGACUUUAUUUGCCGCAGAGUACGCUUGAAGCGUUAUAUUUGAGAAGAAUUAGUCCGACACAGCAAGUGAGGAUUACGGCUGUUAGUGAUAGCAGGCUGAGAAAUGGAGGAACAAUGUUAGCUUUGCAUCAGUACGAUACAGGGAAAUACAGUACCGAGACUUUGUAUUCGACUGAUGGGGGGUUAUUGGGAUUGAGAGGAUUAUAUAAUUUUGGACCGGAUCCAAGGAAAGAAAUUACGGAGCCGCCCAAACAGAUGUCAAGGAUUGAUGAUAAAUUCUAUGGACGAUUCAGCGCAGGAGCGGAGCUUUAUUACGGAACUUUGAACAAAUCAGGAGGUGUUAGUGUUGGAGGAAGGUUUGCCACCUUGCCGGCGCAUAAGGGAAUACCUUUGACAGCCACUUUGACGCUCAAUCCAUUGAUGGGAAAUAUUAGUUCGACGUAUGCUGUAAAAGCAGGUAAGAACCUAUCUCUAUGUUCAAGGCUAGACUUCAAUGUCUAUAGCUACGAGAGCGAUUUGGUCCUUGGAUGCGAAUUGUGGAAGAUGAAGGCACCGGUCGAAGAGCGCAGAGUAAGGAGUAUGGAAGCAAAGCUUGCAUGGAAGCUCGACGAAGUGGAUUUAGAAGAGAAGAAGAAACCUGAAGAGGUCGCCGGAGUUUUGAAAGCAAGAAUUGACCAGAACCUGAAAGUUGGUUUGGUAUGGGAGGGUAGAGUCAAAGAAUUAUUGUUUACGCUGGGAACUUCGAUUGAUAUGAAGAGGAGAGAUCAACCGUUCAAGGCUUUGGGACUGGAAUUGCAAUAUUCUUCGUGAACAUCUUGGUUAUUCGAGUAGUACCAACGCCUUUUGUUUCACAGGGCUGAUUUAAUGCUACCUCCUUUAGGCGAGCUCGGGAAGAUCAGGCGAGGUUUGGUAUAUUGGGUAAUGUUCUUGUGAAACCCAAGCAAAAUUCGAGAGAAACUAGACUCGUACAGCAAGGCCUCGACUAAGACACCGGAGAUAUGGCAGUGUGUCAUUCGGAAGACUACCUUGGCGACAUCGGAUUUAUGGUGUCGCGACCUUUGCAAUUAUUUCUCGAUCUCAAUCGAUUAUCGGAAUGCGAGGCUUUCUCGCACCAGCUUUAGGGAUAGCUUGAGCCCGAAACGCUACACGGUAAUUAAAUGCUAUGGAGAGCCACCCGACAGUCGUACGCGAACAGGAUAGCUGUGAGCGCAACAGAGCGGUAAUGUUUGAUAAGAUAAUCAAUCUAUGAAAGUAUUGGCUGUUAUGUCACUAGCAGUUUAUCGAAGCAUAGAAAAGGCAAGGUUGUAGGAUAAGAUAUUUCCACCCCGAUGUUGAGAAGGGGAUGAGCAGAUAAGAGGGUCCACACGAGAAUGAAAUGCUGUUAAAUUCCACA